GCUGUAUUAAAUGUCUGUAAAAAGGGAGGUAACUUUCUCUUGUUUUUGUAUUAAGCAGAGUUACAUGUAUCUGUUAUAUUCCCAAGGUAUUAUCAUUGAUUCCCAAUUGAUCUUUAUUUAGGAAUCAGCAAAUUCAAGCAAGAUACUUUAAAAUGGCUGUUUCCUUACCGGAUGCUCUUAUGUUUGCUGCUAUAGACUUUGGCACUACCUUUUCUGGGUAUGCGUUUGCCAUGAGAGACGAGUUAGAAAAGGACUCAUCGAAAAUAUUUGCUCCUCACUGGCAUGCUUCGGAUGGAAGCUUGAUUUCACACAAGACACCAACCACUGUACUAUUGGACAAGGAUGAGAAAUUGGUUGAUUUCGGUUUCGAUGCUGAAACCACUUACGCAGAACUGUCAGAAAACGGCGAACAUGAGGACCAUUUCUACUUCCGCCGAUUUAAGAUGAUGCUCUACGACCAAGUUAGAACAAAAAAAUUAACGGUAAAUACAACGGUUGCCGAUAUACGGGGACGAAAAUUGCAAGCUGUGAAAGUUUUUGCCCAUGCUAUACGAUAUCUGAAGGAUCAUCUGCUGGAUUCUCUAAAAACUAAGGGGAAAAUUGUGAAGAAUGAUGACAUCCUAUGGGUUUUAACUGUUCCAGCAAUUUGGGAUGACACGGCAAAAGUGUUCAUGCGAAAAGCAGCACAAGAGGCAGGUAUACCUGGCCAUCAGCUGAUGAUUGCAUUAGAACCAGAGGCGGCCUCUAUCUACUGCAAACAUCUUCCCGUAGAGAAACUGGAGGGAACCAACACAAUCAGCGCCUUCCAGCCAGGGAGCAAGUACCUGGUACUGGACGCUGGGGGUGGAACAGUGGAUAUAACCGUACACGAAGUCAAACCAAAUGGACACCUGAAGGAACUAGACCGAGCGAGUGGCGGCGACUGGGGUGGAACCAGUGUGGAUAUGGCCUUCAAGAGCGCUCUGGCGGAGAUAGUGACGGAGGGAAUGAUUGAAGGCUACUGUCACAAGUACACUGGGGACUACAUCGAACUGUUCAGGGAUUUUGAAAUCAAGAAACGCAAAUGUGGUAAAGGUGACAACUCGAAUUCAGUUAUCACACUGAAAAUUCCCGUCUCCUUUACUGAGGGAUGCUCGGAAACCUUAGACGCGGACUUAACCACUCUGACUAACAAAUCGAGAUUCAGAGAUCAUAUCAUGUGGAAAGCAGACAAAGUUAGAAUAGAUUUGCCGACGUUUGAAACAUUUUUUAAGCCAGCUUGCGAUGGAAUUGUCAGACAUGUCAAGGAUUUGUUACAGUCACCCAAAGUCAAAGGUGUCAAUAAGAUCCUAAUGGUGGGCGGGUUUUCCGAGUCCGACAUUUUACAGGAAGUGGUUCGGAAGGCUUUCCCGGAUUGCCAGAUCAUAGUUCCACAAGAAGCUGGUCUGGCCGUUCUUCGUGGAGCCGUUUUGUUUGGUUACAAUCCGAAGGCCAUAGAUUCCCGCAUUGCUAAAUACACCUACGGCGUUAAGAUGAAUGUUGAAUUCGACCAAAAAAUACACAAAGCAUCCAAAAAGGAAGUUAUAGAUGGAGUAGAAUACUGUACCGACAUAUUCGAUCGACAUGUGAAGAAAGGUGAAGAACUUAUAGUCGACGAGGCCCAGGCCGAGAAAUCUUACGUUCCAUUAACCCGUCAACAAAAGGUUAUAUCAUUCAGUAUUUAUACGUCGACUGAAGAUGACCCGUUUUAUGUGGAGGGUUGCAAAAAUAUUGGAAAAUUUGUAGUUAGCAUUCCUGUCGGUGUGGAAGAUCGCUCCGUCAAUGUCAGGAUGAUAUUUGGUAGAACUGAGCUCACGGCCGAGGCAAGGGUAGUGAAAACAGGGGAUAUAACCCCCGCGCCGUUCGAACUCCCGGUAGAAGAAAAGAUUUUAAUUUAACCCAAGCAGUCUAUAAUACUUUUUGGAAAAAUUUUCAGCCAGUUAUCACCAACAAAAAAAAAACACUUAGGAUUUUUUUCAUACAUAAACGUCAUUAGAUCAAUACUUUUUUACACCAACACGUAUAUUUAAUCGAUACCUCUUUUGUCUGAUCAUUAUUUCUGUACAUGUAACAAAAAAGUAUAUUUAUAUAUAUCAGUAUUUUUGUUAAACCUAUGAUGUCAUAAAGAUUUCUAAUACACUGGCAUUGCCACAACGGAAACUAAAACUAAAUUACAAAAAAAAACCACCCCAAAACCUCCAAAACCCCCCCAAAAAACAAACAAACAAUAACGAUGCUGUUAUGAUUUCGUACUGUCUACUUGAAAAUUGUACCAAAGGAUGAACCAAAGGACGAUUUAAGGUUAUCAGUAAACAAGUAGUUUAAUUAAAUUGUCUAAAUAUGAUUUCAAUUCAAAUAUUAGUACAUCGUAAUUAUAUCCGUUCAAGCUUGUACCAGAAUUUUAGGACAAUGAAUUUUCACAUUCUUUCAGAAACGUGAGCUUUAACUACAAUACAACUUACAAGUUUAGUAUAUCUGUUACAGAUUGGAAUAAGAUUUUUAACAUUUUGAAAUAACAAUAAGUGGUAAAUCUGUUUAAAACAAUGAAUGUUCGUACUUACUUUUGUCUUCCGGUAAUAAUCUAGGGUGUAAUAUGCCUAUAUUAUCGUCGCCAUAUACAUGUAUAAUCAAAAUAUAGUAAAACAUCUUAGAUUAAAAGGUAAUUUUAUUCGUUUAAAAAAAAAUAUUGAAGCUUUUUUUUUUUUAACAAGGCUUAUCCAGAUUAUUCUUAAGUAUUUAGGCAUUUUAAACUUUAUUUUAUUGAGUACAGAGACAGCACAGCAUUGAUUUUUACAUGUAAACAAAAAUAAGUGUUAUAUAUGUAUGUAGUUUUUAAUUUAGUGUGUUUUGGUAUAUUAUUUAUGUUCAUAGCUUUUAUGCCAGUAACU